CGGCUGUUGUUGGCUGUUGUUGGCUGUUGUUGGCUGCAUGUUGGUUGGCUUCGCAGGGUCCGUCGCAUCCAAUCCGUUUCGCGAGCAAGCGAAAAAGCAAAGGAGCUAGCAUGCGUUAUUAGCCCACCAGGGGGAACAAUAGGAACUUAGGGCCGUUUUCACAAAAGGGGUUCAGACGUGUCACAUUGGCCGACCGCCGACAACUGAUAGCAUCCCUGGUGGCAGCUUCAUCAAUGGGCGAGACAACACCAACCCCCAUUGACAGUGGCCCCCCCAGCUGACGCCAAGAAUGGAGGAGGAUAAGGGCGACAAGGCCAGGGAAAAAAAAGAAAAAAAAAAUACGGUCAACCUGCGACAAGUCCUGCAAGCCACCUAGUCUCCCAGAAACAUGUCUCCUCUGCCUGCCGCCUAUGCAGCCCGCUUAAUCCUGGUUUCUAUUGUCCUGUCUUGCUAUGUGCGGCGACAUGUCGGCGACGCAAGGCGUGUGGCCCGAAGCGGGCAAGCGCGGGGCAGGUGGGUCUUGGCGGCGCCUUCCUUCCUAUUGUCCUUAAACAGGGCUGUCUAUUGUUGUCGACUCUGGGGCGCCGCCCCCGAACUCGGCCGGCAGAGGGGCCGCCUAUUGUAGUCUGCUUUGGGUUUAGUGCCCGCGCCUCCGGACCCGCGAUCGGGCGCCCAAGCUCCACCACCACGACUCCCUCCACCGCUGCUCCACCGCGAAACCAACCCUUCUUCCGCCCGCUGCCUACUGUUUCUGCUUGCGGCGCUCGGCUUCGAAC